GAGCAGCACCUCUCCACCAGAGCACAGCUGGAUAAUUCUUCCUUUUUCGAGAGGAAAACACGAAAAAUAUAUUUGCAUAUUUCUUGCAUGCUUUGCAUGAAAACAUACAUCUAAGUUUAAAUGGUUGGCUAAUUGCAGAUGUUUUAAACACAAUCAAAAAUCAAGUUUUUUAUCCAAAGGAUAAUGUGCGCAAAGAUAACGCCUCACUAGGGCACUCGUUUAAGACCGGGGAUGAAGGUAAAGUGUUGGCUCUUGAAGUUGGAUUUCAGACAACGAGACAUCGGAUCUAAUCAAUAUUGAUUUAGGUGUCCAUUGCUGAAACCGAGGAGAUUUUGAUCAAUCACUGGAAGCGCUCCUGGCCAAAGGACGAUGCACUGCGCUUGAGCCUCUUUGUGACUCAGAAGUCAGACAUUCCUUGUCGAAGCUGUGCCCGUGUCCAAAGAUGGCAACCCAGGUGGCCAUGUGGAACAGGUCAUCCUCAGACUACUACAACCAAUCCAAUGAAACAAGCAAUACAUCACUUAGCUUUAAUGAAAUCUUGUCUGAUGGAGACAGCACAAAAGUCAUGGCUGUAAUAUACCUUGUCGUGUUUGUCCUCGGUUUGACAGGGAACUCUCUGGCCAUUUUCGUGGUUCUGCGCUACACCAAAAUGAAGACCGUCACAAACAUGUACAUUUUAAACUUGGCCAUAGCCGAUGAGUUGUACAUUCUGGGACUGCCAUUUCUCACCACCCAUAAUGUGCUCUCCUACUGGCCGUUUGGCAACUUCCUGUGUCGAAUUGUGAUGUGGGCAGACUCCAUCAGUCAAUUUACGAGCACAUUCUGUCUGACAGUAAUGAGCAUUGAUCGCUAUAUGGCUGUGGUACAUCCGAUCCGGAGUGCGAGGUUGCGGCGACCCAGAGUUGCCAAGGUGAUAAAUAGCAUGGUAUGGGCACUAUCCUUUGUGCUGACACUGCCAGUCAUCAUUUACUCUGACGUCCAGCCAGAUCUGAACACCUGCAACAUGAGCUGGCCUGAACCACGUGAUGUGUGGUCCACUGCCUUCAUCCUCUACACUGCUAUACUAGGUUUCUUCUGUCCCUUGCUGGUCAUCUGCCUUUGUUACCUACUCAUUGUGAUCAAAGUGAAGUCCGCCGGGGCGCGGGCAGGACUCUCCAAGCGACGCAGGUCUGAGAAGAAGGUGACAAGAAUGGUGGUGAUCAUCGUGGUGGUGUUUGUCCUGUGCUGGCUGCCAUUCUUCAUCCUCAACAUCAUCAACCUGAUCGACACCCUUCCGGAGAACAGCCUUGUUACCGGCGUGUACUUUCUCUCAGUCAUCUUGACCUACGUCAACAGCUGCGCCAAUCCGCUCCUCUACGGCUUCCUGUCGGAAAACUUUAAGCAGAGCUUCCAGAAAGUGCUCUGCAUCCACCGGGUCAACGGGAUCAGCGCCGGUCACCCUGGUCGGCCGCGGCUCAGCAGGACCCAACAGAAUAACGCCUUCCCUUCUCCAAGGAGCUUUGAUGUCAACGACCAUGUCCAGAGCUAUCAGUCCAUUGGUUUGGAGACCGGACACUGUGCAAAAAUGGAAAUCCACCGACCUGGACCACAAGUGAGCAGCCAGUCCAUAUAAGAGCUGCCCCAAUCUACGGUACAAUCUGCAGAAUUAAAUUGAGGGAUGUAUGUUUUUUAUUUCUAUUUAUUUGUUCAUUUUAUUUUUUGUUUGAGCCUACAUCAUUGCUGUGGUAAGCUGUCCAAUUGGACAUUCCUCCAUGCAAACAAUUUUGCAUAUAUGGCAUUUAACAAAUGUAUUGCUGCCUUUACGUAGAUCAAACAUUCUCUGUACUUACAGAUGGUGCAAAUAGACAUUUUCAUAUGGAGAUCAAUCUUCCAUGAGAAUGUUAGUAAUAUUACUGUAUGUAUUAUUAUGGUAUAUGGCCCAUCAUGUUCUUCGGCAUGACUGAAUGAAACCAGGAAACUGCUGAAGUUCAUUCACAACCUUUGGACCCAUUGAGACUGUAAAAAGAGGAAGUGCCUUUUGCUGUUACAUAAUACAUUUUGAUGGAUUAUUGACAAUUGGGUGUGGUUCUGAAAGAUUUCUGACUCUCAAAAACACUUGAGUGUCUUGAUGGAUUUCUGAACUUCCCCCCGAAUCAGAGGGAUAUGCACAGAGACAAUGCGCAGACUUGUGUUAUUUGGCAUUGGAAGAAAUGCCAAAUAACGUAUUUUUUAAAGGCAGAAUGUCUGUACACAUAAAUUUAUUUAAAAGUAUGUUGGUUAUGUGGAAGGAAGCUCCCAGAACUUUGCUGGUUUGGGUCAGAAGUGACUUCACACCUAAAACAUUCUCAGGAGCCGGCAGGAACUGCACAGGUAGCACAUGUAUUUAUUGAGUUACGGUGGACAAUUGUAUACCUGCAUUUUGCCAACUUGCUUUUGAUAUUGUUAGUUUCAUUCCUAUAACAAACCUGAGCUAUAAUAUAACAGUCGGUUCCAAAUCCAAUCAUGGGUAUCUCUUAAAAUAUUUGUAAUAACAACAAUACUGAUUGUAGCCCUAUGAUGUUAUUUCAUUAUGAUGUGCUGUAUUUUGUAACUCUGCACACUUGUAUAUGGUACACAAUGUUGUGAAGUGCUUUAAAGAGAAGUCCAAGCAAAGGGUGGGAGAGGCCUAUUUUUGUAAUCCUGCCAAUCACAAUGCUCACAGUUUUAAUGGUACAUAAACAGCUGCUUACCUUACAAGGAGUAUAAAUAAGUGUUCUUCCAUUCUAGUUAUGUCUCUUUUUUUUUUUUUUUUUUUUUUUUUUGAGCUAUAUAAUUAUUCUUUAUUGACAGCUGGUCAUUUCUAUGUUUUUUACAUCCUGUGAUGCAUUAUGCAAUUCACUCGUAAAUAUGUGAGUUUUGAACAGCUGCUAUAGCACCCCAACUGUUUUAGUAUUUUGGCUUGACAAAGCCAACAUAUUGUUAUUCUACAGACAUGUUAUAUUUUUUUUUCUUCAAUAUCCCUAAACCAAGACUAAAAUAAAAUCUGACUUG